AUGGCGCAGGGAGCCAGCCGCGGCCGCCCCCUCCCGCUCCUCCUGCCCCGCUUUCCUUCUAAGAAGAGCUCGUCAUGGCUGCUCCUAGCCCCUUUGCUCACCUCUCCCGCUCCUGUGGUCACAGCACCCCCCUGCUCCCUGUGUCCCGAAGGAGCACACAGGUUCCAGUGGAUCAGGAAUCUGGUUCCGGAAUUCGGCAUCUCCAGCUCUCACGUGAAGGUCCUUUCGUCCCCGGCUGAAUUCUACGAACUCCUGAAGGCGCAGAUAAAAACAGCCAAGCAGCGAGUAGUGAUGGCUUCAUUGUACCUGGGAACGGGGCUCCUCGAACAGGAGCUGGUGGAUUGCUUAGAGGAAGCGCUGGAGAAAUCGCUGCGAGCAAAAGGGUCCUCUGACCUCCGAGUGUCCAUUCUUCUGGACUUCACCAGGGGCUCUCGGGGCAGGAGGAAUUCUCGCACGAUGCUGACCCCGCUGCUGCAGCGAUUCCCUCACCACGUCCGUGUGUCCCUCUUCCACACUCCAAACCUGCGGGGACUGCUCAGGCUGCUGAUUCCAGAGCGUUUUAAUGAGACCAUUGGGCUGCAGCACAUCAAGGUCUAUCUGUUUGAUGAUAAUGUGAUCCUCAGUGGUGCAAACCUCAGUGAUUUAUACUUCACCAAUCGUCAGGAUCGCUAUGUUCUCCUGCAGGACUCCCCUGAGAUUGCAGACUUCUUCACGGAACUAGUGGAUGCAAUUGGAGAUGUGUCUCUGCAAUUGCAGCACGAUGAUACGGUCCAGAUGAUGGAGGGGAUGGUGCAUCCGUACCAAGGGGACAAGACAGCUUAUUGCGAGAUAGCAAAUCAGAAGGUCAUGGGAGUGAUCAACUCUGCCAGGACACGCCAGGAACUCCUCCAUGCAAAGACUUUGCACAGCAGCCAGGAAGGCAGCCGUUUGUUCUCCCAGCAAGACUCUCGAGCAUCUGGGGAUCAAAAACCAGAACCUGACACCUGGAUUUAUCCCUUAAUCCAAAUGAAACCCUUUGGGAUCCAAAUAGAUGAAAUGGUCACAGAGACACUGCUGACAGAGGCUGAACGGGGCGCCAGGAUUUAUCUUACCACUGGCUACUUCAACCUGACACAAGCUUAUAUGGACCUCAUUCUAGGCACUAGGGCUGAGUAUCGGAUUCUUCUGGCCUCACCAGAGGUGAAUGGUUUUUUUGGUGCCAAAGGGGUGGCAGGUGCCAUUCCUGCAGCCUAUGUUUACAUUGAACAUCAAUUUUACAGUGAGGUCUGCUGCCUUCACCAGCAGGAGAGGGUUCAGCUGCAGGAGUACUCCAGGCCUGGGUGGACUUUCCAUGCUAAAGGCCUCUGGCUCUACCUGGCGGGGAGCAAUCUUCCCUGCCUCACCCUGAUCGGCUCUCCCAAUUUUGGCUAUCGCUCCGUUCAUCGUGACCUGGAAGCGCAGGUUGCAAUAGUGACAGAAAACCAAGCUCUGCAGCAGCAGCUCCACGAGGAGCAGGAGCAGCUUUACCUCCGCUCGGGCACGGUGUCGUCGUCAACCUUCGAGCAGCCGAGUCGUUAUGUGAAACUGUGGGUGAAGCUGGUGACACCUCUGAUUAAGAAUUUCUUUUGAAAGAAGAAAUGCUACGGAUUUGGGUUAAAGGUCCAGACAUAGGUGGGACCUCGCAUCCGAGUCUUGUAGACAGGACACUCAUAGAUGUUCUUGGUGUCCAUACGGUCCACAGGGAUGGCUCUGAUGAAGAUGACGGGCAUCAUAGGCGUCAGCUCCUUCAGCCUCGCAUCCGCAAUGACUCCAGAGGGGACGUCCCAGCGCGCGCCUGCAGCGGGUGGAAUUGCCAGGGCAGCAGCUGCCCCGCGGCGGGAGCUGCUGCAGGCGGGAGCUGCUGUGCAGGCUGAGCUGCGUGACCCGCCUCGCCUGGCCUCAGUGCUCUGCAGGGCUCAUGGUUAGCAUCUCACUGUGACUCAUGCUGCAUUUUGCCUUACUGAGAGGGGGGUAGAUAAAGGAGUCCUGCUGCUGCCCCCCGCUCCUGCCCCUGCUUGCAUGGAAGUUGUGCAGCCAAGGGUGGGAUUUGGCCGCCCUGGGAACUGCCCUGGUCUCUGCUCGUACUUUAUCUGCACCCUGCUGGGGCUCUGUCGCAUUUCUCCCUUUUUUUUGUUCUGUUUUAACAGGAAUUAUUUGGGGUUUAAGUUUUCUGAUUUCUCU